UCAUGCUCUUUUGUGUCUUCUGUUCAGCUUCCUUGUGUUUCUGAGGUACCAGAUCUAUUAUGGUUACCCUCUGCAGACAUACCUGGAAUAUCCCAUCAUCAUUGCACAAGAUGCCAUUCUCCUUUUGUUUAUUCUGCGUUUCAAUGGGAACAUGAAACGAGCUUUGUUCUACGCAGUCACAUUUUGGGGGGGCUGGUACAUGCUGACGCUGCGGAAGUGGAUAAUAGACCUGGCCAUGAAUUUCUGCACGCUCAUCAGUGCGGCCAGUAAGCUGGCUCAGCUGCGGUGUCUCUGGCAGACAAAAGAGGCUGGACAAGUGAGCGCCUUGACCUGGAGUAUGUCUGCAUAUACCUGUGCAGCAAGAAUAUUUACAACAGUGAUGACUACGAAUGAUCUGGCAGUUCUCAUCCGUUUCAUAACCAUGCUCAUUCUCAACCUGUGGGUCACAGUCACAAUCCUGCGCUACAGGAAGACUAAAAAGACUGAUUAG